CAGAGCGGCCGAGCUCCUCCCCGUUCCGUCACUGCUCAGCGCCGCGGCCGCGGGCCGGGGUCCGCCAUGGCCUCGGGGGUCUCAGCCGCCCGUGCCGCCGAGGAGCAGCCGCCGCCCGAGCCGCCCGCCGACCAGAAGCCGCCGCCCGUACCGCCGGCACCCGCGCAGGAGGAGUUCUCCUUCCUGCCGCUCGUCCACGACAUCAUCAAAUGCAUGGACAAGGAUAGCCAGGAUGUUCACCAGGUGCUGAACGAGCUCAAGAACAAGUUCCAGGAGAUGAGGAAGCUGAUCAGCACCAUGCCCGGCAUCGGCGUGAGCCCAGAGCAGCAGCAGCAACAGCUACAGAGCCUGCGGGAGCAGGUCCGGACCAAGAACGAACUGCUGCAGAAGUACAAGAGCCUUUGCAUGUUCGAAAUCCCUAAGGAGUAGGAAGGGAACAGCUCUGCUCUCUGGGGCUGGGAUACUUCCUCUCCUGGCUGGUGAGGAGAGAAAAAGGUGGCAGAGGCUUAUUUGUUUUUUUUUUUUUUUGUCGUGUUACUGUGAAAUUGUGGCUGUGUGGGUCACAGGCACGUGACACUGAACCAGAACCCUUCGUGUGUCCUUCACAUGCCAUGGUUACCGCGGUGCCUUUGCUUUGAUCUGCUGUCGGACUGCGUGCAUUUAUACAUGCGGCAAUCUUCCCCUGGGGUUGUUUUUUACUUUUUUUAUUUUUCAUUCAAGCAAGCAGAACGCGUUCUGUUUACUCUAAAGAAAAGACUGAAGUACCUGCAGGUUAAGUUCAAUAGAAAAAAAAAGGUGGCAUUUCCUGCAUUUUUUUCCUUUUCACUUCUGAAAUGACAAACAUGGAAAGGGAGCAUGCAAGGGGAGCACGAGCCGUUUGGCCCGGAAAGCCAGACUGCUGGGAAGGGUCUCUGGGGUGCUUUGCAGCCGGGGUGUUGGAAGAGGGAUGGUUGCUUUCUGUUGCUUUUGUAUUUUUCUCUCUGUUUUUGUGUUUUUUGUGUUUGAGAUGAGUCAAGUAAAGGUUUAGAAACUCCAA